GACAUUUUUAUAUGGCCUAGCCGGUAAAACCUGAAAAAUACUAUUCUUUUUAUUUUAUGUUUAGUUUGUUGAUAAUAAUAUAAAUUAUACUUAUUUCAACGAUCAUUUGUUUCUUACAGUCAAAAACAUAAUUAUGGCUACUAAAAUUGUGAAAUCAUUAUUCAAAAGUCAGCCAUUGGGUAUCCUAUUUACACCUCAAGUAAGGUAUAAAGCUACACUUCCUUCACUUAAAUUUGAAUAUCAUGAUCUGGAACCUACAAUAUCCCGGGAAAUAAUGGAAAUUCAUCAUCAAAAACAUCAUAAUACUUAUGUGGUAAACUAUAACAAUACAAUUGAAAAACUAGAAAGUGCUGUGUCAAAAGGUGAUACUAAUACAAUUAUUAGCUUGGAGCCUGCUUUAAGAUUUAAUGGAGGUGGACAUAUUAAUCACACAAUUUUCUGGGAAACUCUAUCCCCUUGUUCUUCACAACGAUCAAGCGAUCUUGAUAAAGCAAUAAUACAAAGCUUUGGUUCAUUUGAAGCAUUUAAAAAUAAUUUGUCGGCUGCAUCAGUGGCUGUUCAAGGAUCAGGAUGGGGUUGGCUGGGCUAUAAUCAAAAGAAUAAAAAAUUAGUUACAAUAUCAUGCCCAAAUCAAGAUCCAUUAUUUGCUACUACAGGGCUUUAUCCUCUAUUUGGAAUUGAUGUUUGGGAACAUGCAUAUUAUUUACAAUAUAAAAAUGUACGUGCUGACUAUGUUAAUGCAAUUUUUGAUGUUAUUAACUGGGAAGCCGUAUCAAAACGUUAUAAUGAUGCAAUAAGCCAAUAAAAAUGUUUUAAUUAUUAAUAUUUAAAUUUUUUUUUUAAAUUGCUUUAAAUUACAAAAUGCAUUUGUUUUCAACAUUUUUCUAUUAAUAUUGUGAAAUUGUUAUGAUUUUAUUUAUAAUAGAGCAUGAUUUCUCAAUGAA